AUGCGCGUCGCCACCAUCUUGUCCGCCGCCGCCCUGGCUGCGCCCGCCCUCGCGCAAAACAGCUUCUCCGUCACCGAGGCCAACACCCGCACCAACUCCAUCAUCGUCAGCGAGGUGCCCUCGACGACCGUGACCGUCACCUCGGCGUCGACGUCGUCCGCGUCUGCUUCUUCGGCCCCCUCGUCGUCGUCGUUUUCGUCGUUCAGCGUGCCCGCCGGCAACUCGACCCGCUCGAGCUUCUUCCCCACAGGCACCGCCCCGACCUCCGCCUCGGGCGUGCCCACCGGGUCCGCCAACGCGACGACCCUCAGCACCGGCCGCACUGGCCUGCCCCCGCAGCCCACCACGGGCAUCACCUCGGCGUCGCCCGUGCCCACGGCCGCGGGCGCCGCGCUCGGCGUGCAGAGCGUCUUCCUGGGCUUGGGAGCCGUCGUCGCCCUGGCAGCUGCCCAGCUGUAA